CACAAAAGGCAAAUUAGUCAUCACAAGGCCAAUUUAACAAAGUUUUGCAAAAUAAGUGUUAUAUUUUUAUAAAAUAGAAAAAUGAAUCGACUUUUUGGACGCGGCAAACCGAAAGAGCCUGGACCAAGUCUUACUGACUGCAUUUCAGGUGUGGAUGCACGGGCUACCAAUAUUGAAGAGAAGAUUGCGAAGUUGGAGACAGAGCUACGUAAAUACCGCGAGCAAAUGAGUAAGAUGCGAGAGUCGCCAGCGAAGAAUUCAAUCAAGCAAAGAGCACUUCGAGUACUCAAACAAAAGAAGGCCUAUGAACAACAAGCCGAAUCUCUCCGUAAUCAGUCGUUUAAUAUGGAGCAAGCUAACUAUGCAGCUCAAUCGCUAAAGGAUACACAAGCCACGGUAGCGGCCAUGAAGGAUGGAGUUAAGCAAAUGAAAACUGAAUACAAAAAAAUUAAUAUCGACCAAAUUGAAGAUCUUCAAGACGAUAUGGCCGACAUGCUAGAGCAAGCGGACGAGGUCCAGGAUGCGAUGAGUCGCACUUAUGGUAUGCCUGAAGUGGAUGACGAUGAUUUGCAGGCCGAGCUUGAUGCACUGGGCGACGAAAUGGCCCUUGAUGAUGAUUCAAGCUAUCUAGAUGACGUCGUUAAGGCUCCCGAAGCUCCAGAUAGGGAACCAGGUGCUGAUAGCAUACAGCCUGGAAAGAGCACUAUUGAAACCGAUGAGUUUGGAUUGCCUAAGAUACCUACCUCUCUGAAGACCACAUAAGUUCAAUAUAAACAAGACGUAUUCAUAUAUUAAAAAUCAAAUAAAUUAA